GGCCAGGAGCGCGCCGACGCCGGCCAGGCUUCAGUUGCCCUCCUUCCCAAUUAUUCAGAUGACGAUGACUGGGGGGGCGACUCCGAGGAGAGCGACGCGCCGACCAACGCACAAGCCGGCAGUGGCGCCGAUGCCCUGCGCUCCGAGAAGAGCUUGCCCUCGCUGCACGCAGGCCAGGCAUCGCGUGGGAGCAUGGCGAGGAAGGUAUCCGACAUGUCAGACGCGGAGGCGAUGGACCACAUCCGCUCACUUCUGGCCGAACUGUCCAGCGAGGAGGAAGACGAAAUUCCCCUGGACCCACAAGUGACGUCCGCGGAAAUCGAAGAGUCGGCACUGAAGCUGAGAUUCUGA